CCGGAUCAUAUUGUAGACACAUAUUGUAAACAUCCGGUUGUCGAAGCGAUGGAGUUUUCCUUGAAGGUUUUGACGCUAAAUUGCUGGGGCGUUCCUGUGCCGUUUGCAAGUAAAUACAGAAAAGAGCGAUUCCAAGCAAUUGCUGAGGAGAUAGGAAAAGGAAGAUUUGACAUAGCCCUUCUGCAAGAAGUAUGGAGUGAAGGAGAUUAUAAACUCUUACAGCAGCAUAUUCUGAAAGUGAUGCCGUAUUCUCAUUAUUUUCAAAGUGGGACUAUUGGAAGUGGUGUCUGUGUCUUCUCCAAGCUUGUCAUUGAGGAUUCCUUCUACCACCUGUUUCCUCUCAAUGGCUACUUUCAUAAAGUCCAGCAUGGGGACUGGUUCGGUGGAAAGGGUCUGGGUCUGUGUAGAGUGUCCCACCAAGGAAUCAGUAUCAACAUUUACUGUACGCAUUUGCAUGCAGAGUAUGACAUGGCGUCAGAUGAAUACCUCGCUCAUCGUGUUGCCCAGGCAUUUGAUAUGAGUCAGUUUAUAAAAUACACCUCUGGAUCAUGUGACUUGGUCAUAGUUGGAGGUGACUUUAACCUUCGACCUUCUGACCUUGGAUACAAGAUGAUCAUCACCAAUGGCAACUUGCAUGACUGCUGGCUAGUAAAGAAUGAAGAAAAUGAGCUGGGUCACACUAAUGAGAGAAAGGACAACAGCUUCAGCACUGACAAUGUACAGCGCUUAGAACCGGCUGGCAGACGACUAGACUAUCUCCUGUAUAAGGUCAACCAAGGUGUGGAGAUGGAGGUGUCCAGCUGCAGUCUGGACUUUGGGAAAAUCCCCGGGAAACCCUACAACUAUUCUGACCAUGAAGGUGUCACAGCCCACCUACUGAUCCAAAAGAAAAAAGAUCUCGAACAAUCCCCCGAAGUAAGGGACGAGAAGAAAUUAUAUGACCUACUUCUGGAGUCCAAAUCUAUUGUACAGAAGGGCUUAGAAAAGGCCAGGUCUGAUAACCUGUUCUACACCAUACUCUGUGUAGUCAGUGCCAUAGGGCUGUACGGAUUCUGGUGUUUGGAGAUGGAUCGGGAGAGCAGCCACCUAGCGGUCAUUGGCCGAGCCAUUACAUUUGUGACCUUGACUUUACUAGUUGCAUUCUUUCUGGUUUACAAACUGAUUAUCAAUAAGAUUGAAUUCAAAGGACUGACAGGUGCACAGGAAGACAUAAGUAACCUGUGCGGCAGCGUAAGGAGACAAAUUAAACAAACCUAAGGACACACCAUUACCGUACAUUCCUCUCUGUUUAUAAAGGCACAAUUAUUGCAAUAAAUCUAAAUUAUACAGUGAUAUGAUAUGGAUUCCGAACAUGGAUUUGUUGUCAUUCCAUUUAUUGAUUGUGUAAUGUAGCUUUCUGUGAUAAAUUCUUUUCAAUAUCGAUA